AUGGACCUGGUUUCAGCUUUCUCACUGGAAACCUGGAUGCUCCUGGCAAUCAGUGUGGUGCUUCUUUACCGAUACGGGACCCGUAAACAUGGACUUUUUAAGAACCAGGGAAUUCCUGGGCCCAAACCUCUGCCUUUUUUAGGCACUGUGCUGAAUUACUACAAGGGUUUUUGGAAAUUUGACAUGGAGUGCUACAAAAAGUAUGGAAAAAUAUGGGGGUUGUUUGAUGGUCAAAUGCCACUGUUUGCCAUCAUGGACCCAGAGAUGAUUAAGAAUGUACUAGUGAAAGAAUGCUUUUCUGUCUUCACAAACCGGCGGGACUUUGGCCCAGUGGGGAUGAUGGGCAAAGCUGUCUCAAUAUCUAAGGAUGAGGAAUGGCUCCUCAGUGUGUUAGGUGCUUACAGCAUGGAUGUGAUCACCAGCACAUCAUUUGGAGUGAGCGUCGAUUCCCUCAACAACCCGAAGGAUCCUUUUGUGGAGAAAGCCAAGAGGCUCAUAAGAUUUGAUGUUUUUGAUCCAAUGUUCUUGUCAGUAGUUCUCUUUCCAUUCCUUACACCAGUAUACGAGAUGUUAAAUAUUUCCAUGUUCCCAAAGGAUUCAAUAGCAUUUUUUAAAAAAUUUGUGGGCAAAAUGAAGGAAAACCGCCUGGAUUCUAAGCAGAAGCAUCGAGUGGAUUUUCUUCAUCUGAUGAUAAACGCUCAUAAUAAUUCCAAAGACAAAGAGUCUCAUAAAGCCCUUUCUGAUGCUGAGAUCACAGCCCAGGCAGUUAUCUUUAUUUUUGCUGGGUAUGAAGCCACCAGCAGCACACUUUCCUUUGCCCUGUAUUCCUUGGCCACUCACCCUGAUAUCCAGAAGAAAUUACAGGAGGAGAUCGAUGAGGCUCUGCCUAAUAAGGCACCUCCCACUUAUGAUAUCAUGAUGGAGAUGGAAUACCUGGAUAUGGUGAUGAAUGAAACCCUGAGAUUAUAUCCCAUUGCU